AUGAGUAAAUAUACAGGAAUAGGUAUUGGAAUAGAUUUAGGUACAACAUAUUCAUGUGUUGGUAUUUGGGAAAAUGAUCGAGUAGAAAUUAUAGCAAAUGAUCAAGGAAAUAGAACAACACCAUCAUAUGUUGCAUUUACUGAUACAGAAAGACUUAUUGGAGAUGCAGCAAAGAAUCAAAUUGGAAUGAAUGUUAAGAAUACAGUAUUUGAUGCAAAAAGAAUGAUAGGAAGAAGAUUUAGUGAACCAAGUAUUCAAAAAGAUAUGAAACAUUGGUCAUUUAAAAAAUCAGAAAUAUUUUCUACAUAUGCAGAUAACCAGGAAGGAGUAUUAAUUCAAGUAUUUGAAGGGGAAGCAUCAAUGACAUCACAUUGUAAUUUACUUGGAAAAUUUGAAUUAACAGGAAUACCACCAGCACCACGAGGAGUUCCACAAAUAGAAGUUACAUUUGAUAUUGAUGCAAAUGGAAUAUUAAAUGUAACAGCAGAAGAUAAAACUACAAGAAAGAAGAAUAAAAUUACUAUUACAAAUGAUAAAGGCAGAUUAAAUGAUGAGAAUAAAGCACGAAUAGAAACAAAGAAUCAAAUAGAAAAUAUGUGUUAUUCAAUGAAGAAUAGGAUUAAAGAAAUGGGAGAUAAAAUAAGUUCAGAAGAUAAAAAGAAAGCAGAAGAAAUAAUAGAAAAGAAUUUAAGAUGGAUUGAUAAUAAUCAAAAUGGAAGUAAAGAAGAAUAUGAGAAGAAAAAAGAAGAAAUGGAAAAAGAAAUAGGAAGAAUUUAUUCAAAAAUAUAUCAAGGAAGAGGAAGUAAUGAAUUUACAGGAGGAAGAAAUACAGAAAAAGAAAAUAAUAAUAAAGGACCAACAAUUGAAGAAGUUGAUUAA